AUGAACCUGCAUGCACAGGUCCAGGUACGUCAUGCACCCUGAGCCGCCACAGGGGCAAGAUUCCGAUUCUAAAAACCAGCCAGAGACGCAAAGCCAGCCAAGUAGGAGAGUCGUGUUUUGUUUUCUGCGGGAAACUUUUCUACUGACAUCAAAAUUCAGUUGUAAGAUUUGCCGAUCUAACUGCAAAUCUCCCAUGGAUCCGCCAGUAGGUUGUCAUUAAGGUCGGCCCAGGCUUGCCCAAGAACACACCCAGUUACUUCCCUUCGGUUGUAUGUGCAGGGGAGGGUGGAGUGAAGGAAGGAACUGCCAGGAAGGCUGGCGUCUCCUUGUUUGUUCCUCUGCCGUGUUGGAAAACCCUUGAUAAGUUUACGAAAGGAACCCCUGGUAGUGCAGGUGAGUUUUUGUAAGGGGAGUAUUAUGAUUAUGAUUUAUUGAAUUUAUAUACUGCCCUAUACCCGGAGGUCUUGGGGCAGUUCACAGAACAAAAUCAAACUAUAAAGCCACAAAAUAUAUGAUCAAAAUAAAAACAACAAGCCCCCAUUGGCACACUCAAAACAUUCAGUGCGAAGCCAGGGCAUAAUGAUGCUUAACACAUGCAUACACAUAGCCUGCACCAGUGACAUGCAUCCUCCUAAGAGCAAGCUACUCUAUUGUGACUCUGCAUCCGAAGUGGUUGUCUGCUCCGAUCCUGCCCUAGGCAAAGGUGCGUUGGAAUUAAUCCACCCCAAAGCAUAGGGUGGUCAGAGAUGGGUUGAGUCACUGUUCUGGCAACUACUUUUUAACAGGUGGAUGUUUAGGGCCUGAGAAGCAGUAGUGACCAUUCAUUUCAAACCAUUGUGAUCUUUUUCAUGUGAAUCAGCUUAACUGGGACCACAGAGCCAAUUUUCCUUUGUGGAGCCCUUAGCCCUCUGUGAUUAUUAUUCUUCCUCAUCCUGCAUCUAGUUUCUCUUAUUCUACCUAGCCCUUCCUUCACCUUGUAUGGUUCUCAUCUACUGUUGCUGCUACUGUUGAUAUCUCCAGGACUCUUGUGUGAACCUAAAUCUGAGCUAAAGGUGCCUGUAGAAAUGCCUGUAGAUUUAGGGGCAACUUUGAUAAGAUGCAACAUUUUCAGUGCCAUGUUUUAUUGCAGAAAGAAAAUUUUCGUUUGUUUGUACAAGAAUAUAACUACCUUAAUUUGCUUCUCAACAGGUGGAAAUUGAAGACAGGACUAAAGGCACCAUGAAAGAAACUGAAAUAAAAAGACUGCUGUCUGCCAAUGUUAUCUGUAUAUUCUCCAUUAUUGUAGCAACUGUCACUCCUUCUCUGUUUUUGGAAAACUUCUCAAUCUUGGGAACACACCUGACUUGGUUAUCCAUCUGUUCAGCAAGUGUCGGCACUGUAAAUAUAGUCUUGUAUUUCAUUCUUAAACCAAAUCCAUCUAAUAGAAGAACUUCACUUGCCCAUAAGGUAAGUUUUAAUCUUGGUAAAACAUAAUGUUUGGAAUGUCAUAUAAUAGUAACACUUAGUACCUUUUACAUCUUUUAAAUAUGCAUCUCAUACAUUUUUUGUUGCAGUCCUUCAGACAGUCCUGUAGGGUAUGCCAGAUGGGAGAGUAGAGCUUUAGUUCCAGCUACCUGAUAAGUUCAUGGCUGAGAUCAGAUUUUGAACUGAGUACUUCUGGGGAAUCUUUUUGGCUUUGCAAGCCUAAGCUCAUGGGCCAAAUUUGACAGAUGGACAGACAUCAGGUGAUUGGGCACUUUGAAGUCCCAAAGUUAGGACUCUGACAAGGUUAGGACAACACAAGGCUCUUUGCUUCAUGGUCCUAAUCUUAGGUCUAGGACUACAGUGAUAAUAUUUGAUAUUUUUUACUCCCGUGUUGCAUUCUUUGACUUUUCAGUUAUCAAAAAGGUUAGAGAUCUAGGGCAGGCAUAGGCAAACUCGGCCCUCUAGAUGUUUUGGGACUACAACUCCCAUCAUCCCUAGCUAACAGGAGCAGUGGUCAGGGAUGAUGGGAAUUGUAGUCCCAAAACAUCUGGAGGGCUGAGUUUGCCUAUGCCUGAUCUAAGGCUAGGGCCAAUCCCUGUUUGAUCUCAAUAAUUUCCAUUCUCCCCUGUGUGGUUUUUGCUGAUGUGUGUUCCAUUUGACUUCACUGGCACAUGCCUGUUUGCAAAAUGAACAAAAGUAGUUGCUGUGCAUCUUCAUAGAAUUCAUAGAAUCAUACAGUUGGAACGGAUCCCAAAGGGACAUCUAGUCUAAUCCCAUGCAAUGCAGGAAUCUUAACUAAAGCAUCCAUGACAGAUGGUCAUCCAAUCUCUGCUUAAAAAACCUCCAAGGAAGGAGAGUCCACAACCUCCCAAGGGAAUUUGUUCUACUGUUGAACAGCUUUUACUGUUAGAAAGUUCUUCCUGAUGUUGAGUCGGGAUCUCCUUUCAUGUAGCUUGAAUUCAUUGGUUUGUGUCCUAUCUUCCAGAGCAGGAGAACACAAGCUUGCUCCAUCUUUCAUGUGGCAGCCCUUUCGAUAUCUGAAGGUGACUCUCAUGUCUCCUCUCAGUCUCCUCUUUUCCAGGCGAAACAUACCCAACUCCCUCAACUGUUCCUCAUAGGGCUUGGUUUCCAGACCCUUGAUAAUCUUGGUCGCUCUCCUCUGAACAUGUUUUGGCUUGUCAGUAUCAUUCUUAAAUUGUGGUGCCCAGAAAGCGUUCUCAUCUAACUAAGUUCUAUUCAGGCAAGACCCACUGAAAUUAACGGACAUAACUAGCAGGACCAGUUGGGAGUUAUUGAACCUAAAUUAGUCACACCCAUUAAUUCCAGUGGAUCUAACCUGAGCAGAACUUGGCUGAAUGCAGCCAGAUGUCAACAAUACUACAAGGCUUAAGCACAUGCAGCUGAAACAGCUGGGUUUUGUUUACCCCUGCUUCUCCCUCCUAUGUUGUUGUGCCCUGUGUCAAAUUUUAGAUUGUAAACUUCUUGGGGGAGGGACCUGUCCUCCCCUGCUUGUAUAAAGUGUCAUGUGCGCCAUGGGCACUAUAUAAUUUUUCUUUCUUUCUUUCUUUCAAAGGUGGCAAGGUUUCUAAGAUGCUGUGUAUACUUCUUCAUGUCUUGCAUCCUAUUUCAUGGAAUAAUUGUUCUUUAUGGAGCACCACUGAUAGAGUAAGUUGCUUUAUACAAAACACACACAUCAUAAAUCACAAAGCCAAAUGUCCUGUACUGUACUGAGUCAUUUGGACCCAGGUCUGCCCAAGUUUGCAUACUUCGUAGUAGACCCAGGCGUUUGCUUGGAGUAUUGUGUAGUGGCCUGGUCACCUCUCCUUAAAAAGGAAUUUGUAGAGUUGGAAAGGUUCAGAAAAAGGCCAACAAAAUGGUCGAGGGGAUGGAGCAACUCCCCUAGGUGGAAAGGCUGCAGCGUUUGGGACUUCUUAGUUUUGGAAAUAGGGGAGUUAGAGGCUACAUUAUAGAGGUGUUCAAAAUUAUGCCUGGUGUGGAGAAAGUGGAUAAGAGGAAAGCCCGCCCCCCUUCUCAUAACACUAAAUUUUGUGGACACCCAGUGAAACAGAAUGUUGGAAAAUUCAGGACAAACGAGCGGAAGUACUUCAGACAGCACAUAAUUAGACUAUGGAAUUUGGCCACCAGCUUGGAAGGAUUAGACAAAUGCAUGGAAGACAAUGCCACCAGUGGCAACUAACCAUAAUGGCUAUGUUCCAUCUGCACCGGCAGAAGCAAUAUGCCUAUGAAUACCAGUUGCUGGAAACUGAAGGAGAGCAAAAUACUCUUGUGCUGAGUUCCUCUCAUUGACCACUGUGGGAACAGGAUGCUGGACUAGGUGGAUCCUUGGCCUGAUCCAGCACAGCUGAUCUUAUGAGUGGGUGACGAUGCCUCUUGCUUGUAUGGAUGAAUGUGUGUGUGUUUGUCUAUAGUGUCCUUUGUAAAGGUAAAAGAAACACUUGUUACUCUGCCUGCUUUUGGCUCUGGACCCAAUCACUACUAUAGUCCCUGGAAGGUGGUCCAUGAUGGAGUGUGGUCCUCUGUCUAUUACAGAACUUAGGGAAAUUGAAAUCCACAUUGAAGUAUCCUUUCUGUUGAGUUUGCCAAGGCAGACCUUGGAGGAGAGCUUCACUGACCCAUAUGCUGUUGCCUCCCUUUUUUCCAGGUCAGUACUGGAGACCUUCCUAUUUGCAGUUCUUCUGUCCACAUUUACUACAUUGCACUGCUUGUGUUUGCUGGGGCCAAACAUCCACAUGUGGCUCAGGGUGUUCAGUAAAAAUGGGUAAGUUGCAUGCAGUAUCCUAAUUUUACUAUUUUCCUCCAUAGAUUUUAUUAAAGCUUAAAAGAAGAUAUACAGUCAUACCUCAUGUUGCGUCCACUUCAGGUUGCAUUUUUUUGGGUUGUGGACUGCCGAAAUCCGGAACGGGUUACUUCUAGGUUUUGGCAGUCGCGCAUGCGCAGAAGCACUAAAUCGCGCUUUGCGCAUGUGCAGACACACAGAAGCGGGUUGCAAACGCUGCGGGUUGCGAAUGUGCAUCCCGCACGGAUCACGUUCACAACCCGAGCGUCCACUGUACAAAGAUUAAUAUAAAAUACAACAUAUCUUUUGUAACACAAAAAAAUAAAAAAGUCAAUCUAAGUAAAAACAAAGAAAGAGAAAGGGGGGAAAUAGGGCUUUUGAUUCUUUGACUAUCAGCCAUUUAAAAAAAACAUUCAAAACAUUCACUCCAAGGUAACCCCCAACUAUUCUACUUUCUAUAAAACAGUGUUUUCUUUAGUCCUAAAACACAGAUAUCACAAGUUCGCUUUCUUUUUCGUGCAAAAAUUCCAUAAUGGGUUUCUAGUCAAUAAUAAAUAUCAACAAUGAUUUUUCUCUAAUUAAACAUGUCAACUUCUCCAUGUCAGCCAAGCCCAUUAAUUUCAGCAACCAUUCCCCCAUAGUAGGUAAUGAUAAAUCUUUCCAUCUUUGUGCAUAUAAACGUCUCACCACUGUAAUCAUUUAAUGAAAUAAUCUUCCAUAAUCCUUUUCUAAUUGUAUAUCCAUUGGUCCUAAAAGGAAAAGUUCUGGAUUCAGCCGAAAUCUUCUGUAAUCUUCUGUAUGAUUUGUAUCCAAUAUUUCUUAGCUUUUUCAUGUGUCCACCAAGCAUGGUAAAAUCUCCCUUCAUAUUUUUCACACUUCCAGCAAACAUUUGGAAUGCCUUUAUACGUUCUGAAUAAUUUCACAGGAGUUAAAUACCAAUGAGCAGUUUCCUAAUUUUGCAUUACCACUAGUGUAUUUCUCUUAUAUUUAGGAAACUCUACUAAAUCCAAUUAAAUACUAAGAUUAAAACAAGCUAAGUGUAGCUAACAUCUCUUAAACACCCAAUCAUUAUCCUCAAAGCAAUCUUGUAUGAUUAUAACCUUCUGAAGAAAGGACCACAUGUGAACGCGUGGAAAAGGCACAGCAGAUUAUUCACCAAGGGCGGUCGGUUUCGUAAAAACAGUGUCUAAAUUUAUUAAAACAUCCAUUGCUGGAUUUUUUUGUUGUUUGGAAAACUGGAGAAAUGUGGUACAUGUUAGUUUGAAAACUCAUUUUGAGCAGGGAUGGGGAGCUUGAAACAUUUAAAUAGAAAUUCAAGGAUUGGAAUCAAACCGGAAAGUGUGAGAUCAAGCUUGCUUUUCUCACAGUUUGCCUUGUUUCCUUUACGUUCUUCUGUGUGUGUAUUGACGUGGAUAAAAGGGAGUCCUUGCAUCCCUGAAGGCCAAAACAUGAAAGGGCUGUAAUUAUUGCUAAAAUUAUCACAUCGUUUUGGAAAGCUAGACUUACUAUUGAGCUGAAUCAGGCAGCACGUCGCAGUCUUGCGAUCAGUGAUAUUUCUGAUAGGAACCUGCCACAUACCAAGUCAGACCAGGGGUUCAUCUCGCUCAGUACUGCCUUCACUGGCCGGCAGCAGCUCUCUGGGGUUUCAGACAAGGGUUUCUCCUAGGCCUGCCUUGAGAUGCCAAGGAUUGAACCUGGGACCAUCUGCAUACAAAUCGGGUACUCUACCACUGACCUACAGCCUUUCCUCCUUAGAUGUGAUCCACUGAGCCUGCUUUAUUUUGUGCCUGUGCUUAUUCUAUUGUUAAUUGUUGUUGUUGUUUAGUCGUGUCCGACUCUUUGUGACCCUGUGGACCAGAGCACGCCAGGCACUCCUGUCUUCCACUGCCUCCCGCAGUUUGGUCAAACUCUUGCUGGUAGCUUCGAGAACACUGUCCAACCAUCUCGUCCUCUGUCGUCCCCUUCUCCUUGUGCCCUCCAUCUUUCCCAACAUCUAGGGAGUCUUCUCUUCUCAUGAGGUGGCCAAAGUAUUGGAGCCUCAGCUUCAGGAUCUGUUCUUCCAGUGAGCACCCAGGGCUGAUUUCCUUCAGAAUGGAUAGGUUUGAUCUUCUUGCAGUCCAUGGGACUCUCAAGAGUCUCCUCCAGCCCCAUAAUUCAAAAGCAUCAAUUCUUCGGCAAUCAGCCUUCUUUAUGGUCCAGCUCUCACUUCCAUACAUCACUACUUCUCUAUUCUUAAUAGGGAGAUGCGAACAGAGACAGACCCUGUAUCACUUUAGCAUGGGAUUUCAACCUCUCUUUCUUACUUUUAAAGUGGUAAAUAGCAACAAGAAAGCAGUUCUCACCCCUACCCCAAUGCCUUGACACUUUUGGUGAAUGUUUAGCUUUAUUUUCUGGAUCUUGUGUGCUCUUUAAGAAAGGCGGGGGGGGGGGAGUAAAUUGAUGCAGUCUGAAAAGUCUGUUGGGUCUGGUUAUUGCCUGAAUGCUUAUUGCCUGGGAACUACAUCUGUGCCACCUUGGGGUUCAAGAUGGAAGUAAGGCAGGCUACAAAUACAAGGAAAUAACAGGUUAUUAUUUUGCUGAAGGAUUCCAUCUAUUACAUUUGAAUAGGGUUUCAAUAUUGGCAUGGAAAAGAGACUGGAAGAAAUGUUUUUAGAAAAGAUUUCAGACUGCUUUGGUCGCAUGGCUGAUCAGGUGGAAAGAGGGACUGAACACAAGCGUGCCGGUUUUGUUGUUGAUGUUCUUGUUGUUUUAAAUUACACCCUGCUUAAACUGACCCCAUCAGACUUUCCAGUAGCUUAGGACAAAAAAUACAAUAAAAACCUGUCCCCAGACAAUUUGAAAUCCUAUCUUGCAAACCUUUUUUAUCCCUCCUUCCUGAGUUCUGAAGGCCUUUGCAAAACAGGGAAGUUUUCAUGCUAAGGUGGGGGGGUGGGGUAUGCUGCCAGUGGGCCCGGAUCCUUAUGUCCCCACACUGUGCGUGAGUCACAUUUGACAGGUGAGUGGAGCCACCCACUUGCCAAUUGCCUGAUAUCACAAUGACAUCAGGUGGCCGGCUUUCAGCCCCACACUUUGAAAUCAAACUCUGCAGGCAAAGGCACAACCCACAGGAUGCUGACAAUCGACUCAUUGUUAGGCCUUGCCAAGCCCUGGGGUGUACCACUCUGCAAAAUCUGACAAUCAUCUGGCUGCCGGAGUCUCUAAAAAGCCAGGCAGACAGUGCUUUGCAGGCACCACUGGUCACCUGAUUGGCGGCUCCUGCCAGUCCCCUUUCAGCUCAGCCAUGUCUUCAUCUGCCCCACACCUAAUACCGCAUAUGACAUCACAUGUAGAGAAAGUGGGCAUAGCUUGUUCUCCCAGUUCAAAAGGGGGGGCACAGGCCUGUUGCCCCUCUGCUGCUCUAGGGCGUCAGAAAAAAUUCCAGUUCACGCUGAAAAUUUGCCCUAAGCGAUUUCCCCCAUUCCUUAUUAAAAUUUUGGUCUUCCUGAUUUAAAACUUAUCUUAAAGACCAUUGUAAACAGUUAAAAUUGUUAGUAGGAUUGGAAUAUCACUUGUAGUUUAAUGGUGGAUUCUGGACACAACGGAGAUGUAAAAGAUUUGGAUCAUCAUAAAAGAUGCAGGAGGAAUUACUAAUAAAAGGACUCACAAAGGAGAGGAUGGAAGCCCAGGAGAUUCCUUGGUUUCUUGUUUUUAUUAUUUAUGUUUGAUAUGUAACUGUCAAAAUUUUAUCUGAAAAACCAAAGAAAUAUUUUUUUGGGAAAAAGAAAGAAAGAAAAUUUGCCCUAAGCAAAUUUACAUGGGAUAAUUUUCCAGAAAAUGUUCCACUUCAGAAUUUUCUAGGAAACUCCCAUCACUGGCUGCUUAACCUUUCCCUCCUGCUAUGGAUCUCCCGCCCCCACCCCCAACCUCUCCUUGAAGCGCUUGCUUUGGAUUAGGCGAACUGCCUGAGGAGAAGGAAUCAUCUCUGUCUGCUCCUACAGCUGCUCUGAUAAAAUCUGGAGGUUCCCCGCCACACUGCCCCGCCUGGCAGCUGCAUUAGAGUGGUGAGAUAUUCCCCUUGUCUCCCGCCUCACACGUGGUUUGGUCCUGUCAAAAUCACUGUUAACAAGUGCUUUUGUUAACAAGUCAUCUGUCAUCUCAAGAAACGCUAGCAGAAGGCUCUUCUGUGACAGAAGGAGUGCAACAACUACUUUCUGAUUUCUCCUCCCCCCCCCCCCCAGCUCUAACGUUGCUAUGGCUCAGCUCUGUCAUUAGGCACUGCUUUUGGAAAAACUGAAGGUAAUGGCAAAUGGUGUUAUUGUGUAAUUUUGGUUUGGCUCUGAGAUGACUCUGGUAGAAUCUCUCCAGGUAAGGAAAAAUUGCUCGAAUAAAUAUUGUGUCAUUUAAAAUAUAGGAAUAUUCAAAUCAACAGCAGAAUAGUAUUAUAGCUAUAUGCCUAAAAAUAAAACUUCCCACAAUGGCAAAGGCAGGCAUUUUAAAAACACUUAAUGUUUAGUUGGUUGCAGGACACCCAUAUCAAAUAACAAAGACCCUCAACUCUCCCAUGGCAGAAGAUGCAACGUAUAAGUCAUUGUGCAUAGCCUCUACUAUCUUCAAAGUGAAGACCGCUUAGCAAUAGACUUGACUGUGUCUUUAGAGGGAAGUUAGCUGGAAAUUAACUUGCAGAUACAAGGUGCUACAAGAGCAGUAGGGCAGGGACCUACCUACCACUGAAAGCUCUGAGAUAGGAACUGUGUUACUAAAGGCAACCAGAAAUAAUACCUUGUACCUGACUUGGUGCAAGGCAUGCUCAUGUUUCCAGCAAGUCAAUACAUGGUUGUGAUUAUUUGGUGUCUGAAAAUGUUAACAAAGGUUAACAUUUGGUCUCCCAGCCCAGUCUAGGGAGAUAAUUUAACUUACAUUGUAUUUCUUCCCCCCUCUGAUUCUAGUGACCCCAGCUUACUCUGUUCACUGAGUCUCUUAGAACUUAUUUUGGGUGAAGGUGACUCUGCGCUUCUGCCUCUCUGCAUAGAUCUUUGCCCAUUGCAUACAUAGCCCCAUCUCUAUUCCCUGGACAUGUUAGAGUGUGACAUUAGUGAGGCUCAAGAGUCCCACUUUGCACAUAAUGGUAAACUAUGGUUUAAAGUUACGAGGGUGAGGAUCGUGUGCUGGCCCUUGCCCCCCUCUGGUGCAGCUGCCAAGAAGAGCUUGGAUGCUUCCGUUUCUGAUUUAGAUUAGCCAGUUUAGUGUUGUGUCCUGACUCUACACUGUCAUUAGUGAAAACAAGCAAGCUUCAUAAAGCACGGUUUGAAGUUGGCUUGUUUUCUGUAACCGUAGUUAAGAUUAACCAUAAUUUGUCCAGCUUCAGAUAGCAUGACAAGUUCUGGUUCGUUUAAAACAGAAGCAAAAGUGUCUGCAAAACUCUUGGCCGUUCCAAAGAAGGAAAGGAGGAGCAGGAACUGGAACCCAGAAAUUAGUUUGUAUAUAUUAUUUUGUUGUACAUUUAUGUAAGAGUUGGCAUUAUACUGAGGUAGCAUUCUACUAUAUUAAAUCUAAUUAUCCCAAGAUAUUUAGUGUUUCACUGACAGUCUUCGACUUAAACUGAUUUUUGUUUUCUUUGCAAAAAAAUAAAAUAUUUCUUGGGUUGUAUUCAACAAAGUCAUCCCAUAAACUUCCAUUUCCUGUGUAACCCCUCUCUGCACCAGUAGGUUGGGGGAGACCUCAGAACAGAUUGGGUCAGGGCAGGGAGAGGAGAGGAAGGAGACGUCCAUUGUGCAGGUGAAAGUCCUUUUGCUAAUGGAACACCUGUUGGAGCACAACCCAUUACCUUUAAUUCCCACUGCCCCCUUAAAAGUCUAUAAUGUUUCGGUGGCAACUAAUAGUUGGGGAGUGAAAUGAUUUUGCGGUGUUCUUUUUAAUGCAUUCUGAAAAACAGUCAAUUUGGAAACUCCCUAUUAAGCAUAAAAAGGCAUUGGCCGGAACAUGCUGAACAAUCUGAAUUCUCUGUUCCCCAGCCAGCAAUAUGGGCAUUUUGUUGGAAGUCUCUAGUGGAUGAACUAUUCAGUCAAUUGAGCAUUUGGAUUUGGCCUGUUGGGACAUACGCUGGUGUACUAAAGCACUCUGUCUUAAUGUGCACCCACCCAUGUCAUCCCAAUUCAGCAUGACCACCACUUUAAGGGCAAAAAUGGCGAGGUUUUCCUUAAACAUUUGCACAUUUGGCGUGAACUCAGUAAGGCUCCAUGACUGGUGAUGCUGGCACAUGUUUGCAGGUGCAAAAAUGGAUUUCCCUGCCUCUCCAAGUGAUAAGCUUGGGCAGCAUGGAGUGAGGAAGGGGUGGUGAUGGUGGAAGUAGAUGGGCUGAUUAGUCAACGACCCAAGUUUCUGUAUCUGGGUACCUUUUGUCUCCUUACACUGAUUUUUUAUAUGUAGAAUUCAGGUGCUACUGGGAUAAGUCUUAAGGGGAGAUAACUCUAAUGGAUGAUGCAGAGAAACUGGGGUUUUUCUCAUUGGAAGCUGCCUUAUGCCAUAUGCCAAGUCAUCUUUGGCCAGUCUAGCUUACUCUGCAUAAUCUGACUGGCAGUGGUUCUCCAGGGUUUUCAGCAAGGAGUCUUUCCUAGGCCAAAGAUUGACCCUGCAAUCUUUUGCCUGCCACGUAUGUGCUCUGCAUCUGAGUUCUAACUCUUCUAAUUCUUACUCUUUUAUGGGAUGAGAAAGCAGAGGGAAAGCCCAACGGUGGUGGGGUAUGUACUGGGUACCUGUGUUGUGGACUCAGACCCUACUGUUGUCUUAGGUAAGUUACUUCCUUCACCAGUGUUGAAGCAAGGAUUCUUCAACAUCAACUUCGUUGGACUGGUCAGGUUGUGCAGAUGCCUGAUGAUCGUCUUCCAAAGCAAUUACUCUAUUCCAAACUUAAAAAUGGAAAGCGUAAUGCUGGUGGUCAACAAAAGAGGUUCAAAGACUCUCUCAAGGCAAAUCUUAAAAAAUGAUAGUAUAAACACCGACAACUGGGAAACACUGGUCUGCGAGUGCUCCAGUUGGAGAACAGCCUUUACCAAAGGUGUCAUGAGCUUUGAAGACACUCGAACUCAGGACGAAAGGGAGAAACGUGCUAGGAGGAAGGCACGCUUGGCAAAUCCACACAGUGAUCAACUCCCGCCAAUGUCCCCACUGUGGAAGGACAAGCGGAUCCACGAUUGGCCUCCACAGUCACUUAUGGACUCAUUGUUAAAACUGUGUUUAUGGAAGACAAUCUUAUUCGGCUACGAGUGAUCCCCAAAGAUUUCCUUCCAUCUGGUCCAGCUUUCUGCUUCCAACGUUACCUAUUCAAGCAUUGACCAAAGGCGAUCUCACUUCCCCUGUGGUUUGUCCAAGAGCACCUCUUGUUGAGAGGUAUGCUGCCUUUGAAUCUGAAGCUUCCAUUUCUCUAUCAUGGGGAACGUACAGUCAGAAGGGACCUCAAGGGUCCUCUCGUCCAACCCCCUGCAGUGGAGGAAUCGCAGCUAAGAAUGGGCAGAGCAGGUAGGAAGAGCUGCCUGCUAUCAGGGUGGAGCUGAGAGAAGGUAUUAUGGCAGGGAUCCCCAAAGGGGAUUACUGACUCUGUCAUUUGCCAUGCUGGCUGGUGGAUGUUGCUGUCCCAAUAGUGUCUGCAGGGCACCAUGUUGGGGGUGGUUUGGUAGUGUGGAAAGGACAUUUUGCACACAUACUCCAUGUCAUCGGAGUCGCCAGCUGUCCCAGGGAACUCAAACGUUUAAAAAUAAACCCCCACCCUUUUUUUUGCAGGGGGUGCAUGGAGUGUGCACAGAGAAUGCUAAGAGUUUUCAUUGUUUGGUGCAAUCUUUCUAAGUGUGUUGUGCACGCACACAAAGAGAAUUAUAUAUAAAUAAACCACAUCCUGUGCUUUAAAUAAUUGCUCCCCACGGCUCCUGUCUCCUGUAGUUCUGUCUGCGAGGAACAAGACGCCUUCGGCUCGCCACUCCUGGACUUUGCUUUGUGCUCUGACAUCUCUGUAUUGUAACCGGUGUCACUAAGCUAAUGGCCAGCUGUCACAAGCCCAGAGCGGGGAAGAAAUGCUGCGAAGAGAUUGUCAGGGCUGAUGGAGGCAGGAGAGGAAACCUCUUUGGAAAACUGCUCAAGCAUUGUUGGGGAAAAUAGCAGGCUGCACAAAAAGCCCUUGCUUGUCUUACAGACAAUUGGCGAUUUUGUUACUGCUGCUAUUUGAAUCCUUCUUUGCCUUUCUCACCUCUUACCUCCCUCCAACCCCCUGCCCGGGCUAGCUGCUCACUUUUUAAAAAAAUAAUUAUUUAUUUUUAUCUUUUUAAGAAAGGAAUACAUCAAAGAAAAGGCACAGCUGCUCCAACCCCAUUUAAAGAAACCCCCCUUUCCCCAUGGUGACCCAGGAGGCAUGACUCAAAGCAAUAAACGCUUACCUAGCAGGCAGACUUAUAGUGGGUUCCACUAGGAUGAGCGGUUUAGGAGGCAGUGGAUCUCUGGCUCAGCCUGCUGAUUCCCAACUCAUCCGGUGUUAAGUCCCCAACUCCUUCUUGGUCAAAGAUAAGGCUGCAUAACUUGCUCAUCCCAACUCAGCUGUCACUCAGUCAGCUUAGCUGAACCAUAGUUGACCAUUGCUGAUCGUCAAAUUUCCAACCCUUCGUCUCCCUCCUGUGCCUUUUAAAAUCCCAGUACCGUAUUUUUCGCCCUAUAGGACGCAAAGGCCCAUAGGACGCACCUAGUUUUUUGGAGGGGAAAUAAAGAAAAAAAAAUUAUUCCCCCCCCCAGCCGCGGGGCUGGGGCGGGGGAAGCCCAAGCUUUUAAACACGCACCUACCGUAGUUUUUAGAGGAGAAAAACAAGAGCAACAGGCUCCCUAGGCUGCGGAUGUCUGCCCGGCACGUGGGGCGCUCUGCUUCAGGGCUCUCUGCGUGCCGGGCGGCAGGCUGCUAUCCGCAGCCUAGGGAGCCCUGCGGGAACUCCCGCGGGCUCCCCAGGCUUGCUGAUAGCUUCCUGAAGCCUGGAGAGCGAGAGGAGGGGUUGGUGCGCACCGACCCCUCUCGCUCUCCAAGCUUCAGCGAAAGCCUGCAUUCGCCCCAUAGGACGCACACAGAUUUCCCCUUCAUUUUUGGAGGGGAAAAAGUGCGUCCUAUAGGGCGAAAAAUACGGUAAGUCUCCCCUGUCCCAAUUCAGCAAUAUUGUGUGGAGGUGAGAGACUAUGCUCGGUGCUUGCCUUGCGUUUCCAAAAGGGCAUUUAGUUGCAUCGUUGGUGCCAGGUGUGCUUGUGCAAACUAGUCUGGGAUCCUAAAUCUGUACUAUCUCUUGCUUCUCUGUGAGAUGUAUUUCUUUUUACAUUUCUUCAUUUCUCUUUUUUUGUCCUUAGGGUCUUUUGUAGUAUUUCUUUGCCUCCCUGUAAUUAUGGUCUAGUUUGCAGUGAAGUGGUAAAUCUGUGUCUGGGCUCUCUCCCUCCAGACUGCAGGGGAGGACUUGCAUGACUGGCUGCUCCUUGAGCCAAAAAUAAAAAUAAAAAUGAGGAAAGUGGAGUGCUUGCCCUUGCUUCUCCUUGGCAUGGGGAAUGGGCACAGUGUCUGCUUUGCAUGUCGAUGGUCUUGGGGUCAAUCCCUGGCAUCACCAGAUAAGACUGGGAAUGUCUGCGCUCUGAAACCCUGGAGAGUUGUUGCCUCUCAGCCCAGACAGUACGGAUCAGGGGUCUGUAUAUGACAGCUUCCUAGGGCCAGCUUUUCAACACAACUUUUUGGUUCCUGAAAUUCAUUCUGAUUGUGCAGAUAAAAUAUAACAGAUAGAAUUCUACAGGAUGUGUUGCUGGUGUGUGAAAACAGUUCAGAUCCAAUGAUCUCCAGGUGGUGGAGACAUCAGGUGCCAUCCUGGCUUUUGGGCAUCUUCACUUGGUCGCAAGCGACUGACAGACAGGUGCAAAAUGCGCCUGGCAAAUUUUGAAUGCUGUUCCCAGGGAACUGGUGAAUUGUAGCUCUGUGAGGGGAAUAGUAAAGGUAAAGAGACCCCUGACCAUUAAGGUCCAAUCGUGGCCGACUCUGGGGUUGCGGCGCUCAUCUCGCUUUAUUGGCCGAGGAAGCCGGCAUACAGCUUCCGGGUCAUGUGGCCAGCAUGACUAAGCCACUUCUGGCGAACCAGAGCGCCACGAAACGCCGCCAUCUUUCCGCCGAGCGUACCUAUUGUCUACUUCACGCAAAUAGCAUCGGCAUUGCCGCUGAUUCGACCACUGAUCAGCGAAAUCGGCCUGUGGCAACCCAUGCUCACCCUGAAAUACACAUAGCUCAUAUUUCGGGAGAAAGCCACAGCUGUCUGAAGACUAGUGCCAAGGUAUUGCCUAGAUCGCGUGACUCAGAGGCUGCAUCACUGAUUGAUCUACGAGUCACACUUUCAUUGCUGUUAAACCCAGGCCUUCUGCUUCCCAGUGCCGGGUGAUUCACAAUGACUUCAGGAUUUCUUUCCUGAGUGGCAAUUGCUAAUUCAGAGGCUAAAACUUGGGGUGGGGAAUCUGUGUAUGUAUUUUGUGUGUCUUCCCUGCCGUCCCAUUACCACCUGGAGUAUCAUCUGCUGUUUCUUUGCCCACACUCUGUGUUAUGAAAGCUUUCUGCAGCUCCUCGCAAUCUGUUGUGGAUUUUUAGCCGUUGUGAUUUGUUUCUGUGUCAUCUGCACAUUUAGCUGCCUUGACACUUUUUUGCAGCUCGGAUCCUCAGACUGUUGUUGCUAGUUCCCUCCAUUACAGAAAUUGACCAUAUGUAACACACACACACAGAGAGAAUGUGCUUUGGCCAGUUGUCUAGUCAUGAAAAAGGUGCAUAAACCUAAGCAAGCAAUAAGUAUUUCAGGACCUGAGCUAUAAAUGCUGCAAGGCUUUUGCAGUGUACGUCUGACGUAUAAAAAAAUAACAAUGAGGCGUUUUGCUUAGGUUGCUUCUCUCUCUUCCUUGGCCAAAGUCGGUUGUUAGCGCAGAUACCAUGUCUAAGCAAAGCCUCUAAUGCGAUAAAUUCAGCUACAGACUAAGCAGGAGAUAUUCUCUUGCCGUCUGCGCAGAAGUGUUUGUUUAUGCUGGAGCUGAUUUUGCAGGCGCCGCUGUACUUAAGGAAUUUGAAAUGUUAUGCCAGCCUGGUGAUUUGGGCUGAUUUUGUGUCUGCCGUGAAUGCUUUUGAGCUAGGAUAAAAGUUGGAUCUUCCCUCUUUCUGUGCAUACAGCCUGGGUAAUAAUGUUGCAACCAGAUGGCAAAGUGUCUGUAAACACUGAGCGCUGAAGGCUCCAACGAUGCCCUUUCUGUGACAGCUAAAAGUCAUUGUGGUUACUUUUAUUUACUACUUUAAAAUUGGUACAAGCUGGAUUAAAGAGCCUUCUAAGGAUAUCUAUCGCCCUGUGUUUUCAGACAUAGGAACAUAGGAAGUUGCCUUAUACCUAGUCAGACUAUUGAUCCAACUAGCUCAAUAUUGUCUUCACUGGCUGUCAGUAGGUCUCCAGGGUUUUGGACAUUUUCAUCCCCAACCUGGAGAUGCUCAGGAUUGAGCCAGGCAACUUGUGCUUGCAGAGCUGAUGCUGUGCUUCUGAGCUAUGUGUGGUGUAGUGGUUAAGAGCAGUAGUCUCCUAAUCUGGGGAACCGGGUUCACGUCUUCGCUCCUCCACAUGCAGCUGCUGGGUGACCUUGGGCCAGUCACACUUCUCUGAAGUCUCUCAGCCCCACUCACUCACAGAGUGUUUGUUGUGGGGGAGGAAGGGAAAAGAGAAUGUUAGCCGCUUUGAGACACCUUCGGGUAGUGAUAAAGUGGGAUAUCAAAUCCAAACUCUUCUUCUUCUUCUGUGGCCCUCCCCCAAAUUGGUAUCUGCAGUCGACGGUUUACGGUGUUCCCUAAGAGAUGUGUCCAAAACAUUGGCUGUCUAAAGUGUAGCUCAUUCCCUAUGUUACAUUUCUGUGUGCAUAGACAUGUGCACUCAUCUGUGAAUUAUGUGCUUAAAAAUAAAAUGUCGUUUCCUUCCCAUUUCUUGCAAAAUGCCCAUAGUUGGAAACAGAUAUAUAAUUUUUUUUUAAAAAAACCCCAAGCAUGAUUGAAAACAAUAUUAUACCAAAAUGGACAGGAGCAGUAAAUAAAACCUCUGGAGCUGCAGUCAAGCGUCGGUCAGCAAUAAAAGAAACACAUGUUAAUUCUUUAUUCAAGGAACCAAAACAGUGCAGGCCUAGUGAUCCCAUCAACUCUUUCCAGGAGGUCUUGCUCCAACAAGGCAGUUGUGAGAAGUUCCCCAUCUUCCCACUACAGUGCUACCUCAGGUUAAGAACUUAAUUCGUUCUGGAGGUCCGUUCUUAACCUGAAACUGUUCUUAACCUGAAGCACCACUUUAGCUAAUGGGGCUCCUGCUGCCGCCGCGCAAUUUCUGUUCUCAUCCUGAAGCAAAGUUCUUAACCCAAGGUACUAUUUCUGGGUUAGCAGAGUCUGUAACCUGAAGCGUCUGUAACCCGAGGUAUCACUGUACUUCCUGAGACUCCUCCUUUCCAGGGUCUUUCCCAAGCAGUCGCAAACUGCACCUGCACACAACCUCCCUCUGCUCUGUCCUCUUCAAUUCUCUGCAUGUUUUAGGAGACCCAGAAAGAAGGGAGCUGGUCGCAGCAGGAGGGGGAGACUUCGUGGCAUUUCCAGCAGCCGGCCUCUCUGUCUUCUGGCCCUCCUCCUCUUCUGCCCCAGAGUCUGAACUGCCCUCUACCACCGUCUCUUCCUGCCCACCAAACCCUGUUCCCUUUUCUGCUUCCGACACCACCUCCUCCCAGUCUGCUCCCUCCUCUCCCUCUGGCCACUCAUGGUAAUCCCACCACCAGUCUCCUGGCUCUGAGCCAUCUUUCGCUGGGGGUUCCCUUGGGGGGGGGGGUUCCCCAGCUGGUACCUCCCACCAUUCCUCUGCAUCCAAGCAAAUCCAUGACAGGAACUGAGGGAGCUAGGAGGGGAAAUGAUCAAGAACUGCAGAAACCAUAGGCCAGCCAGAACCCAAAAGUUUUUAACCAGCAGGCAGGGGUCCAAAUGGGGACAUGCAGUUCGAUGGAUCAAGGGCCGCAACAGAGAAGGCUGUUUCAUGUGUUCCCACCACCCACAUUUCAGUGUGCAAUGUGCAAAAGAGCUUUGCCAACUGAUUGGAGAUAAUCGGCAGGAUAUUUCGGGGGCGCUGGUCCAUUUUUGCAAAUGAUCCGGCUUCGGGUGCUAGGAUUGAAGAGUGCAUUGCAUUUCCAUAUGUCAGGCAGGGAAGGAGAAUCCUGUGGCUCUCCAGCUCUUGUUGGACUCUAACUCCCAUUGGCUCUGCUGGCUGAGCCUGAUGGGAGGUGGAGUCCGCCAACAUGUGGAUGGUCACAGGAUCCCGCUGUCAAGCAAAGAGGUUGCAGAAUGUCAGUUUAGAAUGGGAUGCCAUUGCAUGAGACACCAUGCACCUUUGUCAGCGCCCUCUAGAUAGCUGACAACUUGCAAACCUUCUCUCAUCCCCCCCCCCCCAAUCCUAUGGUUACAUAAGCAGCAAUUUUCUCAGCGGGGGCGGAAAGAAACCAAACCAAUUUUAAGUGAAAUCCGAUUCCCUAUGUAAGUAAACGUAAAUCUCAUCAGACUCGUGUGGAUAGACAUCUGGGUCUAGCUCCAGGAAGUGGCAGUCCCUUGUGGUUCUUGCGCAUAAGUCUCUAUCAGGACUUGGGCGACAACAAUGCAAGGAUCUUGAUUUACACCUAAUUAAAUGUCAACGAUUUGAAUUAGAUUUCCCUCCAAUGUGACUAGAAUUCCUCAGCCAGGAGCCUUUGAUACCCCGCUGAACUUAAUUAAAAAGUUUGCACAGUGGGAGGAAUGGCAGCAUGUGAAUAGUGAAUCACGAGGGUUCGGAAAAGCCCCUGGUGCCACACGGAGUCCCAGAAGGGUACCAAUGCUGGUGAAAUUUUAUUGUUACUUUGCUGAAAGGGGUGAGGCUUUGCCCCCUUGAUUUGAUCUGCAGUUCGCUCAGCCCACAUCCCACUAUACAGAGUUGCCCCUAGGCAGUUUCAGCUGUGGGGCUUUCUGGACUCUAACCAUCUGAUGAGCUUUCUGUACUGCUUUGCAGGUGAGGCAGAGGCAAAUGUGCUCAGCCAAUAUUUAUGUAUUUUUAAAACCUAUAUCCCGCUUUUCACCACCUGAGUCUCAAAGCAGCUUACAACAGACCCUCCAAGUGUCCCUGUUUUCCAGGGACAGUCGCAGAUUUACAGAAGCCAUCCCGGUUUCUGAUUUGAUUCCAGAAUGUCCCAGUUUUCCUUAGGACUUCCCUAUCUUCAUCAGGGAAAUGUUGGAGGGUAUGGAGUUAUGUGACCCCCUGAGCCAAGGAGAUCAGUAACUAUGCAACCUUUAGAAAACAUCCGAAGGCAGCCCUGUGUAGGAAGUUUUAAAAAUGUUUUAUUAUGUUUUUAUAUCUGUUGCAAGCCGCGCAGAGUGACUGUGGCAACCCAGUCUGAUGGGCGGCGUAUAAGUAAUAAAAUUCUUUUUUAUUAUGGAAUUGGACGUCCCUGUUUUCAUCGGAGGAAUGUUAGAGGGUAUGCUUACAACAUUAGGCAUAUACAUUACAGUACAGUCAUACCUUGGAAGUCGAAUGGAAUCUGUUCCGGAAGUCCGUUCAAAUUCCAAAACGUUCAGAAACCAAAGCACGGCUUGUGAUUGGCUGUGGGAAGCUCCUGCAGCCAAUCAGAAGCCCCAUCAGACGUUCAGCUUCCAAAAUAAUGUUUGAAAACCAGAGCACUCAAUUCUGGUUUUCGAUCGUUCAGGAGCCGAAACGCUCGACUCCCAAGGCAUUCGGCAGCCGAGGUACGACUGUAUACAAACUAUUUUAAGCAGAAAUUAAACAUCAGAAAUUUAAACAAAGAACUUCAGCGGUAAUAUUAAAGCCACUGAUCUCUGUAGGUAUUAGCAAUGUUUAGGUUACAACCCUCAGUAGCUAUAUAAAUCAACAUUAACCAAGUAAAACUGUAGGCAAAACAUAUGUUCCAAAUGCCUCUCAAAAUGGCAGUGUUUUCAUAAGCUGCUUUAAAUGCAGUGAAGAUGCAGCCUGGUGGGCCUUGAGAAAGAGAGCGAAAUCCACAGUGUUGAGAGCACUGCUGAGAAGAUAAUCACUAAAUGAUUCCCCCCUUGGGCAAAGGAUCCUUUAAGAAGUUCUACUGUGAUUACUUUUAUAAUCAGGAAGACACUCACAGUAUUCUUUAGUUAUGUAGGAUCCAGACAAUGUCUGGCUUUAAAAGGAAUUCACUUUAAACCCCAUGGCUUGACAUAUAAGAGGGACCACUGGUAGUGUGUAAAUCAAGUGUGACUGUUACUAUUAUUUUUUAGUACGUAUGCCUGCAGUUUUGCAGCUUGACCCUGUACAUUUCACUUAGCUGGUGGGACCUGCUUCCUAGUAAACAUGUUUACUUGGAUAGUACACUUGGACAGGUCAGCUGGUACAGCAUGAGACUAUAUCUCUGGGUGAUACGUUCGCGCCCCACAUUGGGCGAACAGAUUCCUGCAUUGCAGGGGGUUGGACUAGAUGACCCAUGGGACCCCUUCCGUUUCUAUAAUUCUGCGACCCUUUCUUUGGGAUUUGUGGGACACGGGUGGCACUGUGGGUUAAACCACAGAGCCUAGGACUUGCCGAUUAGAAGGUUGGCGGUUCGAAUCCCUGCGACGGGGUGAGCUCCCAUUGCUCGGUCCCUGCUCCUGCCAACCUAGCAGUUCAAAAGCACGUCAAAGUGCAAGUAGAUAAAUAAGUACUGCUCCAGUGGGAAGCUAAACAGCGUUUCCGUGCGCUGCUCUGGUUCGCCAGAAGCGGCUUAGUCAUGCUGGCCACAUGAACCGGAAGCUGUACACCGGCUCCCUCGGCUAAUAAAGCGAAAUGAGUGCCGCAACCCCAGAGUCGGCCACAACUGAACCUAAUGGUCAGGGGUCCCUUUACCCCUUUAUCUUUGGGGUUGCAGCCUUGGCUAGACAGGUCCAAUGCUGCGAAUCAUAGAAUUGGAGAGUUGGAAGGGACCCCAUGGGUCAUCUAUCCCCACCCCUUGCAAUGCAGGAAUCUCAACUAAAGCUUCCAUGACGGAUGGCUGUCAAACUUCUGCUUAAAAGCCUCCGAGGAAGGAGAGUCUGCAACCUCCCGAGGGAGUGCGUUCCACUGUUGGACAGCUCUUACUGCCAGAAAGUUUUUCCAGGUGUGUAGUUGGAAUCUCCUUUCCUGUAACAUGACCCUACGGAGCAGGAGAAACCACAUUACUCUCUCUCCCACGCAACAGCCCUUUAGAUGUUUGAAGGUGGCUAUCGUCUCUCCUCUCAGUUUCCUCUUCCCCAGGCUAAUGCAUGCAUCCCACCCCACCUCUAAAGUUACUGAGCUUUUUUUUGACAUUUCUCCUCCAGGGCAAUGUCCAUCUGGGAUAGCAGUCUACAGAUUACCGCGAUGUGCAGCGUGGUGGGGGCGUGGCUUGGAGCAUUUCCUAUUCCACUGGAUUGGGAUCGUCCAUGGCAGGUUGGUUUCUUCAUCUUAUAUGUGAAUGAACAUUGGCCGAUCAGACCUCUAAGUCUUCCAUGCCGUUUCCAAGAGCAGCCGUACCCCCUUUGAGAAACUUGGAAGCAGGGCAUGAAGGUGGUGGCUUUCCCUGUUGCUAUUCCACAAGCCCCUGCUGUAUUCUGUCCCUGAACCUGGAGAUUUACCUCUUUUGGAAAAAUGGCCAUUGAUAGAUUUAUCCUCCAGGUCGCUUUGUUAAUGGUCCAGGAAUGUCAUUGUUGGAGUUCAGUCCACGUGACCUCUCAGCGCUGCUCCCUUGAUGUCUCAGGGGGGGCCACGUGUUUUUUCUGCCAUCUGAGAACGUGGCCUGCACUGCUGCAGCUUCCCCCCAUUAAAAGCACUUAACAAGAUGCAUCUGGAGCGGGCUAUUGGCGCCAAAUUGAUCUGCAAAAGUGGCGUGGCCAAGCCCUGUGCCCGAAAACAAUACUUUGCAGUUUUCGAAAAAACAGAGCCCUGGCAAGCUUUGCUGCUGGUGAGGAAAAUGUGACGCUUGCAGGAAAGCUGUAAAUGCAGCUGGCUGAGCGGCUACUGGCAAUUGAUGCCAUUUUCAGAGUUGCAUAACCCCUGCAGGUCAGUUCAAGAGGUUUCUGACUUUAAAACCAAUCUAAAGCAGUUUCUUUCUCCUUUCGCAAGCGGAGGAGAGAGGGAAUAGUCCGUGAAAAUGGAUGAACCUGUUCUCCCGGCUCCAACCACAGGGAAGGAAUUUAUUUUAGCCAUAUUGCAACUUAGAUCUCUUAGUGGCAUUAACGCAGACUUUAUUUCAGAUUAAAAUAAACCUGAGCUGAUUCUAAUGUCUCCCUUUCUAUGAAUACAUAAGCACAGUACACACACACACACACACACACCCAGACACCCUUCCAAGUGUAAAGGGCACACACAAGUAUCUUUAGAAAAUUCCAAAGUAGCUAGUAGAGAAGGAUUGAGUUACUGCUUUCAAGUCUUUUAAAGAGGCCCAGGUCUAAUUCUACACCUCCACACUCUUCACCCUUCCUAGGAUGAUGAUGAUGAUGAUGAUAAUUAUUAUUAUUUAUACCCCGCCCUCCCCAGCCAAGGCCGGGCUUAGGGCGGCUAACAACUAAUAAUAAAAACAAGUUGAAUGAGUACAACUUAAAAACAAGAUUAAAAUACAACAUUAAAAUAUUAAAAACAUUAAAAUGUAGCCUCAUCACAGGAGGAGAAAGGAAAAAAGAAAGAGGGGGAGGGAAUCAAAUUGACUCCAAGCCAAAGGCCAGGCGGAACAACUCUGUCUUACAGGCCCUGCGGAAAGAAAUCAGAUCCUGCAGGGCCCUGGUCUCAUGAGGCAGAGCAUUCCACCCGGCCAGAGCCAGUGUUGAAAAAACCCUGGCUCUGGUUGAGGCUAAUCUAACUUCCUUAGGGCCUGGGACCUCUAGGGUGUUGCUAUUUAUGGACCUUAAGGUCCCCCAUGGGGCAUACCGGGAGAGGAUGCAUAUACAUGGGGCUGUGUGCAUCUAAAUACAAAGCAAACUGGGAAUCAGCUGAUGGGCAGGAAGCAGGACCUGGAAUGGACACUAAGCCUGGUCUGCAAGCAGAAGGGGUGGCAAUCGGGUGGCACAGUUUGCACUGCACAGCAUUUGGGCUGAACUAUGAGAAGCCUUUCAACUGCUGAUGGAGAGCUUCAAAGAGAAGUAGAUGGGAGGCUCCCUUAGGGAUCUCAGCAGCAGUCUCCAGAGAGCUAGUCCUGUUAGUCCGUUGCCGCAAGAACAAUUGUGUUGGCUGCGUUCAACCUCCUCCAUACGUCUCCAAAUGCCAGCUGCUGACAGUCACAAGUGGAAAGAGUGUUCCUGGACCCAGGUCCUGCUUGCAGGCUUCCCACGAACAUCUGGUUCAUCGCUGAACUCAGUAGGCCUUUGGCUUGAUCCAGCAGGGCUCUUAGGAGUCUUGCGGCAUUUGAAAGGAGGAAUCCCCAAGGGUCAUCUAGUCCAACCCCUUGCAAUGCAGGAAUCUCAACUAAAGCAUCCAUGGCAGAUGGCCAUCCAACCUCUGCUUAAAAACCUCCAAGGAAGGAGAGUCCACAACCUCCUGAGGGAGACCGUUCCACUGUCGCAAACAGCUCUUACUGUCAGAAAGUUCUUCCUGAUGUUUAGUCAGAAUCUCUUUUUUAAAAAAAAUUAUAUUUAUUCCUUUUAUAGAUUACAAAAAAGGAAGAAAAACAGAAAAAAAGACAAAGGAGGAAAGCAAAAAGGAAAAAAAAAACAAUACAGUACAGUAUAUAGACAAUGCAAAACACAACCUAAGCUCAAAACUAAACACAUUAAACUAAACUAAACAAACCCCACGACCUAACCUUAACCCUAAAUAAAACAAAACAAAAACAAUUUAAAAACAUACAUCACCCCUUUUCCGUACUCUAUCUUUCAUUCCCUUGUUUCCUCGACCUCCUCUCACCUCCCUUUUUGUAUUCCACUUCUAUUAAUUGUUUCAGCAAAUCCUUUCCAUCUUUCUCCAUUUUCUAUCAUAUUGUAAAUAACGUAUUUUUUAACCUUAUUUUCCAUUAAAACUAAAAUACUUAUAUAUGCUUAACUCCUUAUAACAUUUCUGCUAAGCCCAUAAAAAAUCAUUCCACCAUUUUUCUAUCACUCAUUAGUUUUACCAUAUGUCUAUAUAUAAACUUUAAAUUUUCCCAAUCUUCUUCCACCAUCUCCUCUCCCUGGUUUCGGAUUCUGCCAGUCCUUUCCGUCAACUCCAUAAAAUCCAUCAACCUGGUGAUCUUAUGUCCGAGGCUCUUAACUCUUUUCCAAGUCCCUUCUGCAGGUCUUCUUCAUUUUCUUUAAUGCUAAAGAGCAAAUCUCGGGGAAACUCCAGGCCCGAGUCCAUGUCCCAAAAGUCAGUUAAUCACUGCAUAGAGGGAUCUUUCCAACUUUCCUUCUUUAAUCCAAGCCGGGAUCCAUUCCUCAAAGUCUGACUUUUCCUAGAUGCAAUCAUAAAAGGCCUCAACUUAUAGUCCUCAAUUUGCUUCUGUAAAGCCACGGAUCCCGCUUGUAUUCCUUUAUGUUCAACAACAGCAGCUUUCUCCUUCUCCUCCUUCUCCUCCACCAUUUGUCCUGCCAAAAUGGAUUCCUGUACCAAGUCCUGAAUUAUUUCUGUGUUGGUGUUCGCUUUUUGACUCAAAUUAGUCACUUUCUGUUCCAAAUUAUCAACUUUAAAAGUCAUAUCAUCCAUCUUCUUGUGAAGCUGUCCCAGCGAACAGCUUAUCUUACAUAAAACAGUCACAAUGGCCUCUCCUGUCAACAUUUUUAAAUGGUCCAAGGUCAAUCUCUGGUUCUCAGAAUCCUUAUCUGCAGCUGGAAAUCCCCAGUUACACUCCUGUAACAGUUUCAAAAGCUCCUCUAGAGGGAAACAGUCUCCACUUGUAUCAGUUCUUUCAGGCACAACUCAAGCAUUAAAGAUAGUUUCAAUUUUCAGUUACUUUUCCUCUUUUUUAAACGCAGAGGAGGACAAUGGAAACAGUAUCUUACUCUUAUUUAGCUAGCUGUCAAAUCCGUUCUCUCAAUGCACUCUCUCCAAACGUCAUCUGGCAGCCCGUUCCCAGGUUCAGAGCAGUGGUAAUUUGAUUUUUCACUCUCUCCUGCAGGCUCACUAGGUCCAAAAUUUCCCCCUCUUCUCCUGCUUCCAAGGGGGGUUUUGUAUUUUAAACCGAUGGAAAUUUAAUCCUUUGCCAAAAGCUUUCAAAGAUUUUAACUUGUAACGUCUUUGCUUCAGUCUAUUUACAAAAAUGGAAGACGGACUUCCUGUUUAUGACCUUCCCGCUUCAGUGCCAAAUUAAGGUAUUUAAAAGUCCAAUUUUCCGUUCUACUCACAGGUAGUUGUUUAAAAUCCAAUUGUCCACAGGAAAAAGUCAGCGCUCUCCGGCAACAGCAAUGCGGCUUCACUCCGUGAAAGAAGCAGUCGAUUCAAAGCACCGCGCCACUCACCCCACGUCGCUCCGGAUCCCCAAAACAGGGUUUCCCCGCGAGUAGGGGAGGCGCAAAAGGUGCCAGCCGAAUCCCAGGUUCACAAGCUUCUCCCGUUUGUGAUUUCAGUGGGUCUCCACCUUUGCCGUGGCGGUCAGACCCUGUUUUUCACGGAGCAAGUUCCUCCCGAACGGAGGAGCUCCGCCAUUGCCGGAGGUGCCAACCCAGAAGUCCUCUCCUUUCUCAUAACAUGAAGUCGUUGGUUUAAGGCCACUUUGUGUACCUGACAAAGGGGGGUUUAGUCCAUGAAAGAUUAUGCCUCAAUAAAUAGGUUAAUCUUUGAGGUCCUGCAAAACUCUUUGCUGUUUUAGGAAAUUGCAUGGCACUUAUAUUUUCCUAGGGAUGUGUGUGGCGCUGUGGGUUAAACCACAGAGCCUAGGACUUGCCUAUCAGAAGGUCGGCGGUUUGAAUUCCCACGAGGGGUGAGCUCCUGUUGCUCGGUCCCUGCUCCUGCCAACCUAGCAGUUCGAAAGCACGUCAAAGUGCAAGUAGAUAAAUAGGUACCGCUCCGGCGGGAAGGUAAAGGGCGCUUCCGUGUGCUGCUCUGGUUCACCAGAAGCGGCUUAGUCAUGCUGGCCACAUGACCCGGAAGCUGUACGCCAGCUCCCUUGGCCAAUAAAGCGAGAUGAGCGCCACAACCCCAGAGUCGGCCACGACUGGACCUAAUGGUCAGGGGUCCCUUUACCUUUAUAUUUUCCUAUAAGACCAGCUUCCUCUCCCCCACCCCACCCAAGCUUUUGGAAGGGGCUGCGCUGGUUCCCAACACGUUUAAUCGCUCCAUAUUCAUCACUACCAAAACCAAUUCUGGUUUCUUCCCCGCAUGCAGUUGUGAAGUGGGCUCUGUCCACAAAAUCAUAUUCCAUAAUAGCAUUUCUUAGUCUUGAAGGAGCCACAUCACUCUCUGCUGGUUUUGCUGCAGCAGACCCAACACAGCUCCCCCUGUGAAAGUUAUUGCUUUGUUUUCUUUAUUAUCCUAUUUUAUAGGGGAAAUGGAAAGAAUGUCUUCCUCUUGUUUAUGAUGCAAAAGCAGCUUGUAAAUGGGCAUUCAUCUUGGUAUUGUACUAGACCAAGGCAAUGCAAUAGAUGGGGAGCCACUGGAGCGGAAAGAUUUUAUUAGGAAAAGCCAAACUUGUAUCAAUGAUGGACUUCCAGAACUCAAAAGAAAUACUGGUUGCGGAAGUUUGCCUUCUUGGGAGAUCUGAGGCUUCCCAAAAAAUAUGUUGCCUGUGAAUCAAGAGAGAAGUGUGAGGACAUUUGGUUGUUGUUGUUUAGUCGUUUAGCUGUGUCCGACUCUUUGUGACCCCAUGGACCAGAGCACGCCGGGCACUCCUGUCUUCCACUGCCUCCCGCAGUUUGGUCAAACUCAUGCUGGUAGCUUCGAGAACACUGUCCAACCAUCUCGUCCUCUGUCGUCCCCUUCUCCUUGUGCCCUCAAUCUUUCCCAACAUCAGGGUCUUUUCCAGGGAGUCUUCUCUUCUCAUGAGGUGGCCAAAGUAUUGGAGCCUCAGCUUUAUUAUCUGUCCUUCCAGUGAGCACUCAGGGCUGAUUUCUUUCAGAAUGGAUAGGUUUGAUCUUCUUGCAGUCCAUGGGACUCUCAAGAGUCUCCUCCAGCACCAUAAUUCAAAAGCAUCAAUUCUUCGGCGAUCAGCCUUCUUUAUGGUCCAGCUCUCACUUCCAUACAUCACUACUGGGAAAACCAUAGCUUUUACUAUACGGACCUUUGUUGGCAAGGUGAUGUCUCUGCUUUUAAGAUGCUGUCUAGGUUUGUCAUUGCUUUUCUCCCAAGAAGCAGGUGUCUUUUAAUUUUGUGACUGCUGUCACCAUCUGCAGUGAUCAUGGAGCCCAAGAAAGUAAAAUGUCUCACUGCCUCCAUUUCUUCCCCUUCUAUUUGCCAGGAGGUGAUGGGCCCAGUGGCCAUGAUCUUUGUUUUCUUGAUGUUGAGCUUCAGAUCAUAUUUUGCGCUCUCCUCUUUCACCCUCAUUAAAAGGUUCUUUAAUUCCUCCUCACUUUCUGCCAUCAAGGUUGUGUUAUCUGCGCCUAAAUGGCUCAGACGGAUUUGAGAUGUAAGCAGUGUCAAAAACAGCAAGUGUUGUCAUUCUGUGCCCAAAUAACAUAGGUCUGGAGGGCUUCCUUGUGAACUUAUGGCACUUCAUGUUCCAGUCACAGGAAAAGGUUUAGGUUUUAAUGGAUUCGUGCAUUGUUUCCCACUGCAACAUGUCCCCAGGUGUUUUGCUCGAUACAAUGACAAAGAGGGCACCAGGCGGUCCUCUCUGGGGAGACCAUUCCGAGAGAUGGGACGCUACUGUAGAAAUUAACGGUGAUAGCUCAUUGCUGUUCUCUGUUCAUCUUCCUUUCAAAAUGUCGUUUGCUUUCUGCCAGGGUAACGUGGCCCUUGGCCGAAAAAGGGGCCCCCACCCAUCCUGGUCUAAAGGAUCUCGCAAAUAUGCUUGUCCAGCUUCAUUUUUGAAACACUUCCUUCCCAACAGUUGAUGUCAGUUCAUCAAAUAAGGGGCAAUGAAAGAGUUUGCCUGAAAGCCUACUGAAAUCUCACAUUUUCCUCACCAUUCCAUCUCUGCAAGCGUUGCAACUUGCCAGGUGGGAUGACCCCACCUCUGUCCCCCCCCCCCCCGCACAUCACCCCAAUUUCAGGGGGAGGUGCAAAAGCCCCAUUGCACAAACAGAAGUCCUUAGGCAAGACUUCCACUGAUGUAACUGGUGAGUUGAAUCCACCCUUAUUUUUCACUUCCCCCUUUAGUGAUUUGUUUGGGGGUUUUCCUCAACACUUUUGAGGGUUUUUUUUCUUUUCCUUUCUUGCAACCAAACAGUAAAUUUCAUGAAACGAAGAAAGAUUUGUGUUAGUCAGGUAACUUCCCGCGCCCACAAAUCAGCCUGUUUCCUCAAAUGCGGACAUAAAAACUGCUGCCUUCAGCAAAAUUUGGCUCCUGCAGAGGGGGGUAUUUAUAAUGCAAUAUGAGCUAUGAAAUUAAAGUGGAAAUAAAAUUAAAUGGGCUGAAAAUAGAAAUAGUUAGGCCUCAUAAAUAUGUGUCAUGCUAAGUAUCACUUAAUAUGUUUUCCAAAAAUAGAUUGCUGUCUCAAAUCCCUCCUUUUUCUUCUAAAAUAAUGUUUACAGUCUUUUAAAAAGACGUUGCUCUUUUAACUUUAUGAAAUUUAUGUAAGGCCCGUGAUUAAUAACUCAAAACCAAAACCUAUCUACAUAAUCAGUGGCAUUCCGCCCCCCGCCCCUAAAAUUACUUUCUUAGUAAACUCUUUUCCUCCUGUAAUGAAGGCAGCUGCGGUUGAUGGAGAACAGUUUGCUUGAGGCUGCUUAGCAAGUUCCUGGCAGAUGCGAGAUCUGAGCCCCAGACUUUUAGCCACUGUGCUACACCAACUCUUAUGUCACAGACUUUCUAAGGCUUUCAUUUCAGGGCUGCCUCAAAUGCUAUUUUUUGCUCACAAACAAAUUGAGUACAAAAUACAUACAUUGCGCCACUCAGAAAUCCAUGGCCAAAGGCUAGUUUUUUAAACCUACAAGAUGCAUGUGAACGGAAACCCUAUUAAAGACACUAAAAAGUGGGGUUCCUGCAUUGCAGGGGGUUGGACUAGAUGACCCUUGAGGUUCCUUCUACAAUUAUAUGCUUCUGUGAUUUGUAUUUGCUGCUUAGAUGAGUGAAACUGGCACCUGUCUCCUUGAUCCUUGCCCAUCCUGGUUCAUAAAGGUGAGCUGGGAAGGACUGGGCGAUGGACUCCAUGGGGUGGUGAAUGGACCCAGCCAAUAUGGCCAACUAUCGUCCAGUCUCAAAUCUUCCGUUCUUGGGCAAGGUGAUUGAGCGAUUUGGAUCCCUUCCAAUCGGGAUUCAGGCCUCACCAUGGGACUGAAACUGCCUUGGUCGCGCUGGUCGAUGAUCUCUGGCAGGCUAGGGACAAAGGUGAAAGCUGUUUCCUAGUUCUGCUGGAUCUCUAAGCAGCCUUUGAUACCAUCAACCAUGCCAUCCUUCUGGACCGUCUAUAGGGACUGGGAGCUGGGGGCACUGCUACACAGUGGUUCCGCUCCUUCCUCCUGGGCCAUAUCCAGAAAGUGGGGGGGGGGAUGAGUGUUCGGACCCCUGGGCUCUCAUUUGUGAGGUGCAUCAGGGUUCCAUCCUCUCCCCCGUGCUUUUUAAUAUCCAUAUGAAGCCGCUGGGAGAGAUAAUCAGGGCUGGGUGUCUACCAGUAUGCAGAUGAUACCCAGCUCUACCUCUCAUUUAAUUCAGAACCAGUGAAGGCAGUGAAGGUCCUGUGUGAGUGUCUGGAGACGGUUGGCAGAUAGAUGGUGGCUUACAGAUUGAGGUUGAAUCCUGACAAGACAGAAGUACUGUUCUUGGGGGACAGGGGGCAGGCUGGUGUGGAGGACUCCCUGGUCCUGAAUGGGGUAACUGUGCCCCUGAAGGACCAGAUGCGCAGCCUGGGAGUCAUUUUGGACUCACAGCCAUGCAUGGAGACCUGGGUCAAUUCUGUGUCCAGGACAGCUGUGUACCAGCUCCAUCUGGUACACAGGCUGAGACCCUACCUGCCUGCAGAUUGUCUCGCCAGAGUGGUGCAUGCUCCAGUUUUCUCCCGCUUGGGCUACUGCUAUGCGCUCUAUGUGGGGCUACCUUUGAAGGUGACUCUGAAACUACAACUAAUCCAGAAUGUGGCAGCUAGACUGGUGACUGACCAUAUAACACCGGCCCUAAAGGAUCUUCACUAGCUCUCACUACAUUUCCAAGCACAAUUCAAGUGUUGGUGCUGACCUUUAAAGCCCUAAAAGCGGGAGAGAAAGAUGGUUACUUUCCUGCUUUGGAAAUUAUUUUCUUUUUUCCAGAAGGAAGUGUGCGACGUGUAGAAAGGGGGGGGGGAAUGUGCAACCAGGAGAAUGCAAUCCUUUUGGACGCACAGCUGUCCAUGGAGGCGCAGGUUAAUUCUGUUUCCUGGGUGACUGUCUACCAGCUCCAUCUGGUACGCCGGCUGAGACCCUACCUGCCUGCGCACUGUCAUGCCAGAGUGGUAUAUGCUCUGGUUAUCUCCCACUUGGAUUACUGCAAUGUGCUCUAAUCCAGAAUGCGGCAGCUAGGCUGGGGACGGGGAGUGGCUGCCAGGACCAUAUAACUAAUCCUGGUUCCAAAUAAUCUACCCUGGCUCCCAGUAUGUUUCCGAGCACAAUUCAAAGUGUUGGUGCUGACCUUUAAAGCCCUAAACGGCCUCAGCCCAGUAUACCUGAAGGAGCAUCUCCACCCCAUUGCUCAGCCCAGAAACUGAGAUCCAGCACCGAGGGCCUUCUGGUUCCCUCACUGUGAGAAGCGAAGUUACAGGGAACCAGGCAGAGGGCCUUCUCGGUGGUGGUGCCUGCUCCUCCCAUCAGACAUCAAAGAGAUAAACAACUAUCUGACUUUUAGAAGACAUCUGAAGGCAGCCCUGUUCAGGGAAGUUUUUAAUGUUUAGGAAGUUUUAAAGGAUUGAUGUUUUUGUUAUGUUUUUAGAUAUGGCUUGGGAAACCCAGCCAGACAGCCAAGGUAUAAAUAAUAUUACAUAGGAAUUGGUGUGAGAUCAAGUCUGAAGGCAGCCCUUAGAAUAAAAACUUUAAUUUUUCCUGUCAUUUCCAAGAAAAAGCUAAACAUUUGCCCUUGCCGCUUGCAAAUCCAACCAGACUGUGACAUUUUCUAUAGUUUAUUCUGCUUCUAGUUGCUGUUGAACAGAAUUCUAUCAAGUUUUUUCUUUAAAAAAUUCUCAAAACUGUCAAAUGUCUCUUUGUAGUCUUCAACCUGAAUUGCCCAUUACAUGCAAAUACUGUCCAUUCCAGGAUGUGAAACCGCUUAGUGUAAUGACACAUUUUAUUCAGUAACUAGACAAAUGUUUCAGUGCAUUCCAUGAAAAGGAGACCAUGCCUCUUCACCGAAUGCAAUGCUUGCAAACCUCAGUAAGCCGAUGGCAAGUGAAAAAAUCCCAUUCUUCUGUUUUGUGAAAUGGAAAAAUGUGUUUUUAUUUAUUUAUUUAAUUUGUAUACCACCCUUCAUCCGUCGAUUCGGGGCGGUUCACAACAUAAAAAGAUGGCAAAGUUUAGUCAAAAUUAUUGUGUGCUCCUCUGGAAUCCUAGAGUUGAAAGGGAGCUAGUGAACUUAGUCCUCAACUAAGGCUAAUAUAGCUUGUAAAAUUGUGGACCAAAAAUAUGACAUGAAUUCAAUUGGAACCAAGAAUGGCAUUAUUAAGGGUGAUUUGGGGCAGACAGUUAAAGAAGGCAUCAAUAGAUUUUCUUUAAAAAUUGCAAAGUUCAAUAAAUUGAUUUAUUUGCAUGAGGCAGCCGCCUUCAUUACAGGAGAAGAGCUUACCAAGUCUUGCAUAAACACAAAGUAUAUGAAAGGUAAAACGUGGAGGCUGCCUGCAUGCCGUGCGUUUGACGUUGCCCACCAAAUCUGUUUUAUGUCAUCUUCAAAAGCUCCACGCCUGCUUUUGACAUCCUGGCAAACAGCUGAGUGCAACUGGAAAGCACUUGAACUUCUCCAUAAUGAGGAUUGCAGAUUUAAGUCUUUCUGACCUAUCUGGGGAGAGCUUCUGAAACCUUUAAAAACAGUGACAGCUCAGGGUUGUAUACCGGGCCAAGUAAGCUUUUCUGGUUUAACAUUGCUUGGUGGUAAAGACACCACCCCCCCAUGAUGUCAACAAGAACAAGGGUCUCCAGUAGCAGAGAGCAUGGGUGAAUCUCGCAACCUGAUGCAGAUGGGACCAGCUGUAGUGGGGACACAAUUGGUAGGAAAACCUCCUGUGGCUCUGAUACUCCUAUAUGCUCAACACACCACAGGGAAUCAGUGUAUGAGCAUGGAUGAGACUGCAGUCCCAAUCACAUCAUACACUUUAAAGCACUUUAGCUGUUAUGGCUUCCCCCAAAGAAUCCUGGGAACUAUGUGUUGCUAGAGGUGCUGAGAGUUGUUAGGAGAGCCUCUCGCAGAGCUACGAUUCCCAGCAGCUUUAACAAACUACAGAUCCCAAUAUUUUUUGGGAGCGGGGUGCCGUGAUUGUUCAAAGGGUGUAAGCAUGCUUUGAAUGUACAGGGUGGCUGUAGCCAGAGAGAGAAAUGGAGCCAAAGUUUGGGAUUCGUGGGUGAAUGUUAUAGGCAUAGUUUGUGAUAAUUGAAAUGGGCAGAGCGAUCCUGAGAAAAUCGUCUAGUGGUACCGCUUAGCUGGUGCCCGGGAUCCAAAAAGCCACUUACAGUGGUGCCCCGCAAGACGAAUGCCUCGCAAGACGGAAAACCCGCUAGACGAAAGGGUUUUCCGUUUUGGAGGUGCUUCGCAAAACGAAUUUCCUGUGUGCUUGCUUCGCAAGACGAAAAUGUCUUGCGAGUUCCUGCGGGUUCCCCCCUUUCCCCAAGCCGCUAAACUGCUUAUCAGCUGAUGGGCUAAGCCGCUUAACAGCUGGUUGCUAAGCCGCUUAUCAGCUGAUCGUUAAGCCGCUUAUCAGCUUUUUCCCAAGCCGCUAAACCGCUUAUCAGCUGAAGGGCUAAGCCCUUAACAGCUGGUCACUAAGCCGCUUAUCAGCUGUUCGCUAAGCUGCUUAUCAGCUGUUCGCUAAGCCGCUUAUCAGCUGAUCCGAUAAGCCCGCUAAACCGCUAAUGGGCUUGCUUCGCAAGACGAAAAAACCCGCAAGACGAAGAGACUCGUGGAACGGAUUCUUUUCGUCUUGCGAGGCACCACUGUAUAGGCGAACCCAAGAGUAUGUGUGUGCCCCCACCGGGUUUAAAAAUAUUUAAUUUAUCAAUUAAUUGUCUUCUCCCCAUGCCACCUCUGAAGCUCGUAUGGGAAAUCCUGCGUCAAAUCCAUGUUGGGCAUGCACACAAAAGUUGUGUAGGUCUAUGGCUUCUGGCCAUCCCUUCUCCCCCUGCCUAAAAUAGUGCAAAACAAAAGGAAGCAGUAGUUUAUGCCAAGGUUUAUUUACUGAACAAGCUAUGCCACCGUUUUUUUGUUUUGUUUUUUUGGAACUGGCUUGUCAAAGAACAUUCCUAAGCUUAUCGCCCAAAGACCAGGCUCUGUUCCUAUUACAAUGCCUCUGGCAUUUAUAACUGAGCAAGAUGUGGGUGAAUGUAAAAACGAUGACUGUAGCAUAUGAAAAGAUGGGGGAGUUAUUUUUAUUUUUCUGGUUCGGAAAGCACUUUUUCCAGCAAGAGGGGCAAAAAAGAAAAAAGCUAUACCCUCUAGAAAUCAUCGCGGUAGCACUUGGCAGCUCCAGUUUUUGUUUUGAAGCGCACAUUGAUGAAAUAGCAGGUAUGCCGCAAGAUAAUUGAUUCAUAAAAGAGAAGCCAUAAAGACUCCAAUUUUCUGAAAACCGUCCUAGGCAUUGCUAGUCUUCUGCUGCAGUCUUCACCAUUCUGAUGGCCUCCAGAGGCUUUGGCCUACAACUCCCAGCAGCCUCAGCCAGUACGUGCUUGCUGGAGCUGCUGGGAGUUGUGGGCCAAAAACAUCUAGAGGGCACUGGAUUGGUGACAGCUGUUCUAGUGUAUCGCUAAGCUCUUUGGACUAAUGCACAGGUACAGGAUUCUGUCUCUUAAGUCACGACUAAGGGAAGGCUGCAGGGUCUAAAAACUAUAGCUGCCUCUUCUUCCUUCAGCAAAUUCCCUUUCCUUGCCUAAUCGAGCAUUGAACAAACUUAGCCAAGUGGGUUACGAAUCCUGGUCAAGCAGGGCAUUAGCCAAUGCGCCAACAUCUCCCUUAAGCAUGGAUAGCAGCGGGUGGAGGAAAUAUACAUUUCCCAUGGCCUUAAUCUGCCCUCUGAAUUGUGCCUACAAGAUCAGAGCUGUUCCAUUUGCCCUGGCCUUUCCUGAUGGACAGAUAGAGGUGGGUUUAACCCAGCAGUGAUGAUAUCUAGGAAUGCUAGAUAUGAUAUCUAGGAUAUCUAGGAAUGCUAGAUAUGAUAUCUAGGAUAUCUAGGAAUGCUAGAUAUGAUAUCUAGGAAUCCAUCGCUCAUAUUAAGAGAAGGAUGCAUGGUUAGCUUCAAAUAUACACAGUCUCCCCCCCCCCCCGCCUUGACCAGUGGACGAUAAAAGGCACCGGAAGAUAACUCAGUAUUUCAUAAAAACCAGCAUAUCAGUGCCCAGAUUAUCCUCUAAUCAUGAUUAGUCAAUUCCUGAUGAAAUGUAAGUUUUAUUUUGAAUGAAAAUGUCCAGUGGAGUUACAGCCUUCAUUAGGCCACAGAACACAACAUACUAGCGUUGAAUAUGCAUUGGCUUACGUAUAAGUCUCCUGCAAAAAAUACGCGGCACCAUUGUUAACGCACGGGAGCAAGCACAUCUUUGGUUUGAAAAGCAAUUGCGAGAGAACCCAUGAGCUUUUUCUGAAACCAGGACUAGAAAAACGGAAGCAAGGUCAAUAAAGAGUACCUAAGGCACCUCAUGAAAAGAUGAUUGCUGUCAUCUUCGCUACACUCCUAAAGACCUCCAAAUAAUGCUCCAUUAUACUAAACACGCAAACCGAGGAAUGUGAUGCUUAAGUGCAGGAAGACCGCAUCGCCGUCAAUUCCGGGUAGCAAAAAUAAAAAGUUUUAUUAACAUGUCGUGAGGAAAAGAUUAACGGCUAGAAGAAAAAAAUUGCAGAAGUGGAAGCCACCAGCUCUUUCCCCUGCCUCCUCACCUCAAAUACUUCCGUCCUGGAGUUUGUGCAAUGCAAGCUUGGGGCAGAAGCGAAAAGCUGGAGAACGAAAACCCAUUUUCUCACAUGCCUGGGUUGCGCUUUCUUUGCUGUCCAGGAGAUGGGAGAACGGGAGAAACGAGGAGAACAAAUCGUGCCUGUUGUAAAGAUGAAUGAAGUGUAGCAUAUACUCGUUUCAGAAAAACACAAUGCACAGUGAGGAUGGUCUGUACCCAGAGUGCGCAAUAAAACAGCAGAACUUGGACUGCAGCACAGCAUUUUGCUCCCUCGCCUCUCGACAAGUUGCGGCUUUUAAGUUAAUAAAAGUUGGCCUUUUAUGUUGCGAUGGAGGCGAUCAGGUUUCAAAAGUGGGCGAGUCUAUCAUUUACUUCUUUCACUCACUGUUGAAAAUCAGCCUUCUGUUUUGCCAGAAUAUUCAAGUCAAGGUCGGAAUGAAUCAUUGGCACCAAGAACGUUUUCUAACCUAUUACUUGGAAUAAUUGCUCAUUGCCCAGCUAGCUGCCUGCAUGUUGGUGCUUGCAGCAUUCACUUGCAAGACGCCACGUUCCCACCACUCCAGAGUUCUUAAAUGUUCAUUCGAACGCCGUCCCUAUCUAUGGAUUGGGAUAGCCUCACCCUGUGUCCCAUGCCUGGGAUGUCUGCUUAGGCAUUGCUUGGUACUAACACACAGUAGAGCCCAAGCCAUGAAGAUGCUUUCUGUGUGGUCGCUGUAUGCACAGACACACUUGUGAGGAGCACGAGUUGUGCAGAUCAGGGCGAUGCCCAUUGGGCUCUUCAUGCAACGGCCCUGAUUUGAAUGUGACUCCAAGCACCUGACAGUCAGGGCAGGGAGCCAAGACAGUGCGCUCGGUUAGAAUAUUUGCAUAGGGCUUCAGCAUCAUAGAACAAAUGUGGGCCACUGUUGAAUCACUGGGACAGUAUCAGCAUUUGGCAUCAGUUCGCCAUCAGUGCACACAAUGAUGCCAUUAUGUUUUAAUCUACAGCAAUGACUGCCCCGGCAUAAUAACUGCAAAGUUGGGGGACACUGCACACUACUACAUACAAUUGUUCCUUUGAUGCUUGCUUGGGCAGGGAAUACAUCAGUCUUGCACCCGGGAUUAUUUGUAUUCCACACUUGUGCAGUGUGCGAGUGCAAAUUUGGUUCCCUGGCACAGAUUUCAUGAUCUCGGGAGACUUUAGAAGUAGAAUGUUUGUCAUUUUCAGGGUUGUUGAGGACUGCCGAGGGAACACAACCAAGUAGUGUGCCACUAGUUUGCAAUUACAGGCAAAGAGCCUUUUUGCUAGGAGCUACAACGUGUUUAAAUGCAUGGGGACAUUUCAGUGAGUCUAUUUUUUAUUCAGUUUUGCUCCUCUAUAUCUUUGCAGAUAUUUAAAUCUUGGAUUAGUUUGAUCCUUCAGGAAGACAAAAUUUGAGCAGGGUUAGUUUACGCCAACCACUUUGGGGUUCUUAAACCUUUGCACAUACAUUUAUCUCUUACAUUUACUUUGGGUUGGGUUCAGCGUUAGUUGAUACGUAGAGUGCGGGACUUAAGUCAGCCAUGACUUCACUUGCAAUGCACCCAUUUUUAAAGAUGAUUUUUAUAUUUUAAAAAACCCCACUAUUUAACUUGGCAACUAGCUGGCUUUUUUGUUAAUUUAAUUUUUAUGUAAGACGUUAUAAAAACUGAAGAGGGAGGUAAAAUCUUAGAAGGGGGCCUCUCUCCUCUCACACCGGAGGGAAUCCCUCAUCUAAAAUGCUGCCUGCUGUGGCUUCUAACAUCACAGGACAGUAGCUGUUCGUGAGUAAAAACUAGGACUACUUUGUAGUGCAGUUUGUCAGAUUCUAACUAGUGGCUUCUUCUUUGCCACUAGUUAGGAUGCUGGGAUUAGAAUGGAACCCUGUCUGAUUAAUCAGACAGUUCCUACUUUGUUUUCAAAAUCUGAAUUAAGCUUGUUGGCCUUGUGUAUGUGUGUGUUUCUGCAUUUCUGUUUCUGAUCUCCUUGAAGCCUCUUCCCCUUUUGGCUCCCUGACUAAUUUUGUUGGGCCUCAUUCACCAACUUUCAGGUGCUUGCAGCCUUUUCAAUGGAGAAAAGCACUUGUGGGGUAAAGGGGCGAGGGGAGAGUUAUCAAACCCCAAAGAUGCUGGGAAGACAACGUGCUUCCUGGCAGGGAGGCAGAGGCCGGUUUUGCAGAGACUUCCUCCCCCAACUAUUAGCAACCACUCAAGCAGAGCGUGACAAUUUGUCGUCUACCGAAUCUUGCUUUCCUCGUGGUGUAUGGCAGAGAUGAAGUUAGUUCAAGUUUGCAGAUCUACUUUGGGGUCUUUCCCCCCCCUCUCUCUACUUCUAGAAUCCCCAGGUGUCCACCAGCAAGCACCAAGUGAAGAAGAGUAGCUCAGAAAUAGAGGUGAACAAAGAAUUAAGGGCUCUAUAUCAGCUUAAGAAUUCAUUUCAAGGCCAGAACUCAUCUCACAGACCUUUCACAGAGUUAUCCAUUCCUAGGCAUUCCCCCACACCCUUCAGCAACUUAGUUUGGCUCCAGAGUUGUGGCCUUGUUAAACAAUUGGGAGUUAGAAAUCCUUGGUGAUCUACUGGUAAGCACCCAGAAGUCUGCUAGUAGAUCUCAAUUUACUUUCUGUCUAUGGUCUUCCUUAGUAAUGCUUCGUUCAAAUUGUGCUUUGUGGCUAAACCCUUUGUCACAGCUUUUCAGCAAUGAAAAUCUGCCAUGACUUUGGGGGGCAGGGAGCAGGGAGGAAGAAGUACAGGCUAUAUUAACAAUCCACUAUUACAGAAAUAAUAAUAAUAAUAAUAAUAAUAAUAAUAAUAAUAAUAGCAAAGCAGGAGCACAUCAGCAGCCCAGGCCCCAAAACUGGCGGGUUAAAACGCUCCACGUUAGUUCUGGGAAUUAUCAAGUGUCAUCUGCAAUAGCCAAAAAGCCUAGUUACAUUUUAAUGCACACAUGUUUAAAAACUGUACAACAUUUAGUGUUCACGUAAUAGAUGCGUGAUGAACCGCUAACACUUUUGGCAUUCUCUGAGAAAGCAGGUCGAGCUCUGCAAUGGAUCCUGUACCGCGUUUUGGUUUCUUCGUUCGAUUGCACGGGAAACUUGUGCUCCUCAAAGUACGUCGAGGGUCUGACCUCUUCCUUUCUCUCCUCUCUCCACAUGGCAAUUCUCUUCCUUCAGGUGUGGCCCAUUUCCUGUUCGCUCGGAGCGACCUUUGGCUACGUGGCCGGUCUCCUUAUUGCACCUUUGUGGAUAUACUGGAACAGGAAGCAGCUUACGUACAAAAGCAGAUAG